UGUUUAGAGGUGUCAGUCGAAAAGCUGCGUAACUUAGUUGUAUUGUUGUCCGAAAACAAAGUAAAGAAGAAAUACGGUGGUGAAAUAUCCGCGUUCAAAGCAAAUUAUGUUUAUUGUCUGCAGGAUAAAGGGGCUGCGUGUCUGGUGUCGGUGCUGAUAACCAAAGUGAGGUCAACGUAGUGGAGCAGACAUCCAAAAGAGCUUCCUCCAGAGACCCCAGCCCAGCUCCCAAAUCACUAAAAUCACUUCGCAUCGACCCGCAACCAGCCACCACGCAGAUUCCAGAGGCAGGAGUGGAACACAUGGAGACGGACAGAAAGGAGGUGCAGGGAGAAAACCUGGGGGGACAUGACGCAACUGAGGGUCUCUCUGUCAGCUGCAGUGCACGGAGAAAAUCCUGGAGGAGGACCACCAGAGGCCGAAGAUCUCUCCCUGCUCUCCCCAACCCAUAUCAGACCCUGUGCCGGAGCAUAAGCACAUCCUUGCCACAGCAAGAGAGGCUGGAGAAACUGAUGGAGGCUUCAAUGAGGUUGGCAAUAGAGCGAACUCAAAAUUCGAUGCAGGCAACACCAAAUGCCUCACUGGAGUCAUUUCAAAAACAAGUUGAGCACAUGCAGAAAGAAUGGUGCUGUGUGGCCAAAAGCUUAAGCAGUGAACCACCUUGUCAGCAACUCCCUGCUAGUACAACUAGUGACCCUGCAGUGCAGAAAGCCAUGGAGAAGACCCAGAAAGCCAUCCAGAGGCUCCAGGCUGAGUGUGACUCUUGGGAGGCGCUGUUGAACAAACAUCGGCGUAAAGCGGAGGAAUUGGCAAGGAAUGUGGAGGAGGGUCAUGGGAGCAGUGUAACACUAGACCCCUCCUCUCUGUCACAGUCAUCACAGUACCAACUCAUACAGAGUAAACCAGACUACCGCGGCCUGCUCUCCAGACAGAAGCCUAUACUGCACGUUAUGGAGUUGGUUAUGGACACACAGUGUAACAUGGUCAAGGAGCUGCUGUCCAUCCAGAAGCAGUCACAGUUAUUUGUGAAAGAGACCAGUGGCAGAUUGGCGUCAGAGGCAGGACUCCAGGAUCUUUCACCAGACCUCAUCAGGAAUCUAGUGGCACUGCCUUUAUCCUCUGCAACUUCAUAGUUCCUCUGGCUGGAUGCAGACAAGACCGGUCAAGCUCCCAAUUGGACCAGGUUCUUCAUGACAUAUGAACCUCAGUGUCGUCUCAUCCAGAGAUAUAAAUGUUAUUCUGUCUUUUACUCUUCUAUAAAAUAUGUAUACAUAUUAUUUCAUGAUUUUAGCUGUUUUCUUGGGUGUCUUGUUUCAUUGUACAAAGUUAAUGGCAAUUUUAUUUUUUCCAUGAAAUCCCAAGGGUUCCCACAUGACCUGGAAAUUUAUGGACUAGUUUCCCAGUUCUGGAAAAUAACUGGAAAAUUCAAAAACUUGUAAAAUGUCCUUGACCUAGUCAUGAGAUCUGUCAUGACCUAGUCAUGAGUUUAACACAUUUGUGUGUUGUUAGCUUGCUUUUAGCAUGUGCUUUUUUUUGUAGUUCAGUUAAACAUGUACAAUGCAGAAACAUGUUGACAGCUUGUUAUUUGAGACAUCACUUUUGAACUAUUUGGUGACUUUGUCGAAUUUUAAUGAUUCUAUAAGACCACCUGUGUGUGAGCAGCAGCUAACAUGAAUAUAAAUGACUGAAUAUGUUCUUGAAAAAUCCUGGACAAUGAUUUCCUUGAAACAGUGGGAACUCUGAAUACCCGUUGCAGGUAAUGCUUGGUUGGUCCUGCAGGUGGCAGUGCUACUCUUUUUCAAACUAGCAUAUCAGUGGCUGUCUUGGAGGAUUUGUAAAUUAUGCUUUAAUUAACUGAAUGUUCAUCCAUAAAACUUUUUGUCUUUUUUUUUUUUUUUUUAAGAUCAGUUGUCCAGUUAUGGAAAAUAAAGGAUUUGAUAUGA